UUGCAGCCUUGCAGUUGCAGGAGCUUCUCGAAUCUGUGGGAAGUUCGCAUUACGAACAGAACCUGAACAGAGAGGAAAAGCAGGUGCAAAUCCAAAGCGCCACAGCGGUCAAGAUCGAAAGGAAAUAAAUAAUAACCCUGACUUGGAGACUGCAGCCUAUGUGAUUAGUUCUUGCCAAUAAAUUGAUAGAGGGUCUGCACUCUGCAGCAGGGGAUCCGUUAAGUCUACUUCUCAGCGUCUCUCGCUGUUGCAACUACGUGGUAAGUGACAAGAACACAAAUACGUACCGGCUGGCUUGUUUCGGCAUGAGAUCUAGCUAGCUUUGCAUUGGGCUCUCCAUGGUCGAAAGAAAACAAAGAAGACAUAGUAACAGAAUGCUACAGCAAUUUAAUCUAGCCAAACAAUUCAAAGAAACAGUCUCUAUGUGAUCGUCUUGAGGCGAAGUCAUUGACUGUGGCAGUAAUUGAUCCAUUCUAUUUGUUGUCACGGCCAACAGCAAUUUCAAUCGACUAUAGAAGGCAUACAAAAAGAUAAUUGUGAUACGAAGUGAACCCACCGAGCAAGGAACAACGCAGGACGAUCGAGAGAGUAAGCAGUCGGGGUAGUUGUGCAGCUGUAGGAGAGGGCAAAAAGUAAGCGACGUCGCUCUCGGCGGAGGAGAUCGAUGUUGGCCUGCAUUGCGUGCGCGAAGCAGGACGCUGACGAGGAGGGAGAAGACGGCCCGCGCGCGGCGACCACUCCGAGCAACAAAGAGACCGUGAAAAGCCUCACCUCACAGAUAAAGGACAUGGUCCUAAAGUUUUCCGGAUCAAGCCGUCAGAUCAAAGGAGGCGGAAGCACCUCGUCCUCUUCCUCGUCAUUCAGGAGCAGGAGCUUCCGCCACCGUCAUAGCAAUCGGCAGGAGCAUGGCGCCUAUACUUACGAAGACUUGGCGUAUUGCAGCAACCAGCCGCGGGCAGGCCAUGCAACUGCGAGGCCAGCGGCGUGGGACUCGACUAAGAGCAUGAAAGAGGAGCAGCGGAGGUGUGGAGGCAAGUGGAGUGGGGGUAUCGAAGAGGAUAUAGUGGUGGAAGACGAUAUUGACGAACCCAAGGAGUGGAUUGCUCAAGUGGAGCCCGGCGUUCAUAUCACAUUCGUCUCUCUCCCUGGAGAAGCCGGAAACGAACUCAAACGCAUUCGAUUCAGUCAGGAGAUGUUUAAUAAGUGGCAAGCACAGAGAUGGUGGGGGGAGAACUACGACAGGAUCAUGGAGCUUUACAAUGUACGGCGCUAUAACACUCAGGCUCUCCAGACUCCGGCUAGAUCGGACGACGGCAAGAGAGAAUCGACGUGGUCGAGGGUGGGCUCGACAAGGGAAAGCCCCAUCAAUCAGGCGCCAUUCGCCACAGAGCAGCUUACCGCCAGAGACAUGCACAAGCCGCCGCCGCCUACGGAUCUAACCACCUCCCGCAUCCUUCCACAUCGCCUUCAUUCACCUGCUGCCGCUGCCUCCGCCGCCGAGACUGAGACGGCGCCGGGAACCUCCGGUGCAAAGGAGGAAGCCACCGCUUCGGUGGACGCAUCGAGGACCACCACCUCGUCCAGAGACGAGAGGUCCGUCUCCGUUAGCAACACCAGCGACGUUCUCGAGAUAACGGAAUGGGUGGAGGAAGAUGAGCCCGGCGUCUACAUCACCAUCUGCGAGCAUGCCGAUGGCAGCCGGGAGCUCCGUCGUGUGAGAUUCAGCCGAGACAAGUUUGGGGAGGUGGACGCUAAGCUGUGGUGGGAGGCCAACAGAGAGAGAAUCCAAACGCAAUAUCUGCAGGACGUAGAACUCAACGCAUCACAACUCUCCGUACACUCCAAUCGAGUAACAAUGAGUUAGAAAACCCAGGAAAAUGCAUGGCUUAAUUUGUACAUGUGGGAUGUUCGAUCAAUGUCACGACUGAUCAGACUUCUUUUUGUUUCC